GAAGCACUGGAUGCAUUUUUUUAAUUAUUAAUCGCGUUCGUAGAUAAGAAAUGUCGGUCGCAGUUAUUGACCCCAUUGUGUCAUUGCAGCGCUUUGGGACUUGCAAUGAUAGGCGCGUUUUUAGCAUGGGAUAUAAAGUGAAUAAAAUACGAGGGCAAUGGCUGUUGGUGAUUUUGCUGUUUGUGACGGCGGUAGAGGCGGACUAUCCAUGCCUUUGCUCGUACCAAAUCGAAGCGGAGGUUCUUGCACAGCCGAAGAGUACGGCCAAAGUGGACGGUUACAUGUACGAAUUCGACUGCAGAGCGUACUAUGCCAUCCCCGGGCUUGACAAAGCAUAUGCUGCGGUUGGCAACGAAAAUAAGUAUGGAUACGUCAAAAUAACUUCGGACACCCAAAUCCAAGUUUGCCAAGGAGCCAUUCCAACAUCAGAUCUCGUAACUACAACACCAAUUCCUGCAACUACAACUACAACUGCAGCGAGUACAACAACAGAAAAAACGCCAGCUUCUUCAACUUCACCUGUUGUGACUACAAGCUUUACAACACCUAUGCCUACAACUACAACUGCAUCGACUUCAACAACUAACGCCACCACGACACAUCUGACAGAUCCGUCGAAACACACAAGCCACCACACCACGCUACCAACAAGUACAGCUACUAGAACCACUACAACACAUAGACCUACUUCAAUCUCUACAACUACACCGAUGCCAACGACAUUCACUUUUACUAAAACUACACAUACGAUCACUUCAGUUACAUCCACUAUGCGCCCAAUCACUACACAAGCUACGGAUAUGACAACAACACCAAUUUCCACCACCACAACGAGACCAACCACAGUGCCGUCUACAAUCACUACAACCCAAAUUGCUACGAGGACUACUACGCAAACGACUUUGUCAACAACCUUUCCUCAAACAACAAACUUGUCUAACCAGGCAUAUUGUACUUCUCUGCUUCGUACCUCCAAUACUCGAUAUGUGACGAACAACGGAAUAUUCUGCUACGAGUACGUUAACAGGAACGUUUCUUGGGAAGCGGCGCGAAACGACUGCAGAAACCGUAGUGGGAAUCUUUUAGAAAUUGAGAGCGGCGCUACAAAUGCCUUCAUUUACAAUUUCAUUGGAAGCAUUGACUUUUUUCAUCCAAUCUGGAUCGGGCUUCACGACCUGAUAAAUGAAGAAGGCUGGAUGUGGGACACUGGCACCCCUCUGAGCAAAACGAGGUAUACGAACUGGACGCCUUCACGCUAUAUCGAUCAAUACCAUGUAACAGAAGACUGCUGCGUCCUUGUUUGGAGUCGCCUUGGCCAAUGGGAUGACGUAGAUUGCGAUGGGAGAAGUUACAACGAGGUCACAUCUAAGGCAUACAUAUGCCAGUUCAAAAUACCAGCGACGCCAUAACUGAUUGAUGCCGAACAUUGUAAUGUGACGCAUUUUUGAAAAAUAAAGUGGCGUUUUCAGAUAACCAUUUACAUAUAAAUAAAUGUUGCAUAUAA